CUCAAAGUUUGAGAAUAGGUUUAUUCUUUCAAUUUGAACCAUCUGAUUGUUCUGGAACAAAGAAUUAGCUGCAGAGAAUCGCGCACGUCUAAUAUAAAAAAGUUGCCUACGGCCAUACGAUUCUUAUCAUGAAAUGCGCUGACUAUAUAUAAUACCUUGGGUCUCAAUACUUUUACGUCGCUUCAGAACGUUCGGAAUAUUCAACUUUAAAACAUUUGACCAGGUACCUAUUAGACCAUAUUCAGCAACUAGCUGACGUCCCUCAAAAGAAGUAACUAAGCGCCUCAUCUUUUGACAAAAUGGAUCGCGACUUUCCAACUACGAGGAUUUUCAAGACCCUCCUAGGAUUCAUCGUCACCUUGACAUUAAUCUCUGCCCUCUCCUUCUGUGCUAUCCGGUUUACGCUAUACGUAGUCCCCGUGGAGGAGUUCGAAAACCUGACAGGCAAUCCUCCAAACACGCAAAGAGUGCUCUUGGAGAGACUUUCUCAGAAUCCUCUUAACUACUACGAAGUCCUCGAAAUCCCUUUAUUUUCGGAAGACGGGGUUAUAAGAAGGGCCUAUCGCGAGAAGUUGAAGCAGGUCCAUCCCGAUAAGGUCCAGGGGGGCAAGCAAGAAGAAGCAGCGAACGUAGAAGUGCAGCGAGUGACGGAAGCUUACAAGACCCUUACGAGCCAGGAUCGCUGCAUGUACGACUUCAGUCUCGGCUCGGGGAUAGGCCGCUUCGCGGACUGCAACCAGAGAUGGCUCGACAGGAAAAGGGAAGAGCUGGCCGAGAAGCGGAAGGAAGCGAAAGAGAGAAACACCGUUACAAAAGAGAAAAACGUCAUUGCAGACGAGAAAACCGCUGUUGCAAAAUCCAGUAUGACCACUAGACAAAAGCUUGUUCAAACAGUUAAGGGUAUCGGCGCGACUACUAAAGCUGCUGUUUUGGUUGUCGCGGGGUGGUUUAUUGUGCAUGUGGGGAGGCCACUUGGUAUGCGCUUUCACUAAUAAGAGGUAGUUUUGUUGCUGAUUUUACCCUUCGGAAGUGUAAGAUAGACUCAGGAUAUAAUAAAUGCCUAAGGGUCUAACCUUUAGGGCCAUUGAGGUGUAGUAUUUCAGUAGUGGUAUAAGCGUACCUAACUUGAGUCGGGCACCUUGAGUGAAUAGGAUAUGGCGCUAAUAGGCGUGAAAAGUAUUACCCUCCCGUUGAGUCCAC